AUGCGUGGCAGUGAAUGGAGCCUCAUCCUGAACAUUAGCCCUAAUAAUUGGCAGAUGACUACGACUGGAGGAAGCUUUUUUAAUGUGCCAAUGAGUCAGAAAAAAGAUCCAGAUUCUCAUGAUCCACCUGGAGUCAAGAUCGAUGGUAAUAAAGGCGUGGUCGCAAGCAACAUAAUUCUUAGCGGUGGGAAGAACCAAAUCAUAGGUACGCCUCGUUUUGGGUUCAACCACUGGAAAGAUUUUGACGCAAAAGCAGGCCAGCUGCGUAAGACAAUCCAUAUCGCAGUUAAUUUGGCCGACCAUAUGGUUAGCUAUGCAGCAAGAAUCAAAGGCGCAGAUGUACGUAUGAGGGACAUAGCUGAUCGGAUCCGCGCUACAUCGUCAAUCCUGCAUGGGAUCGAGAUACUGUUCGAGCAGCUCACAUCAAAACCCCCAGAAGAGUCUUCAAAGGUCCCUGAUGCAGCUAAUGAUCUCUAUGCUGAACUACAGAGCUGUGAGACAUGGCUUGGAGGUGUCGAAAAGCAAAUGUCCGAGUUCAUGGAAGGCGUUCCCGCUCCAAGACGGCUUGAGGGAAAAGAAAGGGAGAAGGUCGAGUUGGCACAAGAGAGCCUUGUGCUGCUCGAGACAAAGAUUACAAUCGUGGAAUUCGGGAUACAAGACCAUAAAGUAAAUCUACAAAUCCGGCUGUCAAUAUUCUUUAUGACAUUCUCAAAUCAAAAGUUAGUAGUAAACUGGAUGAUGGCGUGCACAAAGAGAGAGCUUACUUGCUCGCAUAGGCCAGACCUUACUUGGAGCGACAUGAUUAGUGAUAUGCUCAGUGAGCUUAGACACAUACUUUCGGAGUUGGAUUUGCUUCGAAAUGGCACAGUGCCAAAAUCGUUACGCUCCCCUGCACUUGAUCCUUCAAAUUCUUCGCAACUAGGCCGAGUUCCGGCACCCGCAGCUUUCAGUCCUCGCUACGCCGGCUGGGUUAUCCAGAGAGGGUCCUCGCAUGCAACGGGAAGUGACGCAAGAGGUCGGUCUUGGUUAAGACCAAGUGUAGAACCAUUAGCCUUUUCGAGCGAACAGUUAUAUCUCCAGGUCGUAGCCCUGAUGGUCAAGGAUGGCAAGAAGGAUCAAACAUUACAUGACAGAUACGAGCGGUUAGGGCCACAAAGGCAAAGCGCCAUUUUGGACCUCCUUGCGCGAGAAAAUCAGGAACUACAAAUAGGGCAACCUGUCCUCGAGUGGAAAGUGGCCGGAAUUCGGCCAGAAAUACAUCGCAUCAACCGCUACCGGACGGAAAUUGUUUCUAUGCUAAUCAUUCUCAAGACGGAAUUGAAGCCGCAAGUUCAUUGGGGGAGUUUAAAGGGUCACCAAGUGCCCUCUCUGCGAGGAGGUGCAGACCGCGCGGAAUGGGACCCCGAGGACGGUCGGUAUACGGAAAGGCAUACUUCAGGAGCCCGGCAUGUUCGCCCGCCACGACACCACCGGCGGGAUCAUGAACAACAUCGAGAUAUACCGGAAGAAAUCCCACGCAUUUACAAUACACAUGCAGGCCCCAGCCACGACGCCAGACAGCACCAUCAAAGGAACAAUGGAACUGACUUUGAAAGAUUGCAACAGCAGCAACAUUUCACGAGGGCAAAUCCGGUCUUUGCGUUCAGUUCUCGUCCCGGGGGGGUGUUGUGGACGGCACGACUCGAUGCACGUGCCCGGACAUAUCAUGGCAAAGAGAAAGCCAGAGCCCAUGAAAGAAGAAGAAACGACGACGAACUGAUCCAUGCUCUCGUGGAGGACUGGUAUGAAGUCAUUAGCGUAUGGCCCAGAAGCCAUCUGACAGCCAGCUAUAACAUAGCGCAAACGGCAGUUCCCGGGUCUACUCACGUUGCUUCUGCAUACGGCAUUUCUACAGGGCAUCAAUAUGCCACCACCGGAACAUAUGCAAGCCCUACCUUUGCAAUGCCCGUGCAUGGGGAUGCUCAGAUACCUGCCCAUGAGGCCGGCGACACAUAUACUGUCACUGCUCAAGGGUUAGCUGCAGCGCAUCCGACCGACAAUUCCGGUUUAGCCUCAACAUCCACUAGAAGGAGACGAACUGGUCGCACGAGAAGACAGGGUAGGGUGAUAACCCUACAGGCUAUUAUUGGUACUUCGAGACAGCAGCGAAGCGAGGAGCCAGCAAUGAUGGUAAUAGUAUAUUUUAGUAGGGUCUUAGACUCUCAGUAG